CCGGGAAUAUCAAGGGUAGGAUUUCCUACUUCUCUUUCGAUAUUGAAUUUUUCUCGUAAGUAUUCCAACAUCUGUGUUGCUCCCAGGCGACUUACACCCUCUAGAAACUGCUGAGGCGAGGCACUAGAGGAAAGGUACUGCCCAGGACACCUCAAGAUAUGUGAAGAAGGUGGCAGUUGGAGUGGAGGGAGGAAUGAUGUGAUGAGUCUGGCUGGUCCUGGGUAGGACAGCCAUUACCCUCACCAACAUACUUGAUCUCGUGACCUAAACGACGUUAAUAUAAGAGUCGAUGACUGGUAAGCAGGCAGCUGGCAGAAAUUACAUGAGUAGUGAACACCAAAAUUUGCCAGUGAGUGCCAGCUUAAGAAGCCCUGCCAGGAUGGCAACAGCUGGGCCAAGUAGCACUAGUGACAGUCGGAGUGAAAGCAGCAACAAUGCCUCGGGUGGAGCAGAAGGCAAUGGAGAAGAUGCCACUGACAAUUCAAACUUUGAGUGCAAUAUAUGUCUCGAUACAGCAAAGGAUGCGGUCAUCUCCAUGUGUGGACAUCUCUUUUGUUGGCCUUGCUUACACCAGUGGCUAGAAACACGACCAAACAAUCAAACAUGUCCUGUUUGUAAAGCAGCAAUAUCAAGAGAGAAGGUGAUACCCCUGUAUGGUAGAGGGUCUGGUAAUCAACAGGAUCCAAGAGAUAAGCUUCCACCUCGACCUCCUGGUCAGCGCACUGAACCUGAGCCUCACAAUGGAUUUAUGCCUGGGUUUGGGUUUGGAGAUGGCGGGGGAUUCCAGUUCCAUUUUGGCAUUGGUGCAUUUCCCUUCGGAAUAUUCACUACCUUCAACAACUGGGGAGCAGGUGCAGUUCCUCCAGCCCCGGGAACCCAGCAGUACCAAGAGGAACGCUUCCUCUCUCAAGUGUUGAUGGCAAUGGCUUUACUUUUUCUCCUCUGGCUUAUUCUUGUAUAAGGGAUGAGUAAAUAGUGAUUCAGAAGCAAAGACCAAAAUUUAGGUAUUUAACAUCAUUGAGGCUUGUGCUGUUUCAAAUUACCUUUUUCUUGAUUUUUUGUAUACAAACUUUUUCAGAGUUGGAAGUUAAAUGUGUUUUUCUUUUAUUUGAAAUUUUGUGGUUGUUUAAGGGCAUUUUGCAAGCACCCUGUGUGAAUUGACAACAUAUUACCCCAGUGACUUUAAAAUAGAUGGGUACAACUAUUUGUUUAUUAUUUUGUGUAAUAUCUCUGUAAAGUUUUAUGUUACAGGGUUGAAAUUUUAAGAGUAAUUCUCAAGUGAUAACCAAGAAAAUAUGUAAUCUUAAUACUUUUUGGAUUAAGCUGCUUUACAGAAAUUUACUUUUUGAUUCACCGUGAAAAGGAACCGUGUGUUUGUUCUCGGUGAGUUCUGGGUUUCCAGGGAUUACCGUGAUCUGUUUCUUGUGGCCUUUGUUAUUUUAUAAUGGGCAGCUCCAUUUAAUUGGUAGAACAGUAGUUUAUUCUCAUUUGGUGGCUAGGUGAAAUAGCAGACAAACGGGAUGUUGUAUUUGCAGCCACUGUAGCCAUUCACAGACAGGAGGAUAUUCAUCAUUCUUCGAACACAUCUCACCAAGAAAGAUAGGCAUUUGAAUUUGUGAGGUUUCACAAACAUCACAUAUUCUGGUUAAUACCACUACAUGUAUAAAAACUUAAAUAUUAAUUUUUUCCAAUACUGAAAAAGACACAGAGCAGUAUUUAAUUGUUCGUUUGAGAGGAUCACUCCUGUAUUUAUGAAAAAUGAAUACUGUUACCCAAAAUCAUAAAUGUUAAGAAUCACUCAGGGAUGAAGAACUAGUGGAUCAGCGGUUACUCUUAUGUUACCUUGUAAUGAAGCAUAACAAUGUAAAAUUUGUACCUUUCUGAUAUACUACAUUCGUACUUCUUACAACAAAAAAUUGCGUUGUGCUUCUUUUUUGAGACAUUGUGAAAUUUUGUUUUAUAUAAAAAGGGAAAACAAAGAAAGAGCUUUUCAUCUAUAUUCAUAUCAGUAAUUAGUUAGGAUAUAUUUGUAAGUAGAUUGAAUAUUAUUGCCAUAGCCUCCAACUUGACUUGGAGAAUCCGGUAUAUGUUUGGGUGAUUGGUCGUGCCAGCAACUUAAGACAUAUUUAACUUGUAAUUGUAAAACGAGAAUUUAUUUUUGUAAUUGAAUUGAGGGUGACAUUGAGUUCCUCUUCAAAAGUAUUACUGCAUCAGUACUUUUCAAUGUAGGAGAUAUGAUUUAUGUUGUCAUUAAUUAUUGAGAACGUCUAAUAAUUUAUUAAUAAUUCUGUAUGCCAAGUUGCCCUAUCAAGGUUGCAAAUGGCAAAUUUGUUAAGAUUACUUGUUUAAUGCUGCCUUCUUAUUUAUACUAUAAAUUUAACUGUUACUCCAUAGUCAACCUUUCAUAUAAUUAUGAAUAUAAUGGAUUAUUUGUAUGCAGUUUUACGAAAGUAAUUCCUGAUUUAUUACUCCAGUGUUAUAAAGCAUUCCUUUACCUUAUGUAUAGAAUACUGUACAAAUUAAACUCCUGCUUCCAAAAAUUCUUCUCUUCCUCCUGACAGUUAUGUAUAAAACUUUGUAUAUUAUUUUGCCAUAGUCAUAUAAUCCAUAUAUUAGUCUGUAUUACAGGGGAAUGAGGUUGGUUACCCUCUUACAAAAAGUAUGGACGACGUUAUCUACAGUAUAUUAUUCUCAAAAUAAGGUAAAAUAAAGAAAAUUUGAAUAUUUUCUACAGUUGACUACUUGAGCCCUAGUUUUAUGACAUUGGUGAAUCAGCAUUUAUGUUUUCUACAUUACUCUCCAGGACCUUGCAGUGUAUAAUUACACAACAAAUACAUGUAUGGUGGGGCUUUUGAACAGUGAAAUAUCCAUAAAAAAGUAGCUUUUAAUUGUAUGUGUGAUCAGAUUUCUAGCGUAGUUAACUUUAUACCGUACCCUACUUUCUUCCAGUCAUUUUGUAGACUUCUCUUAUCUAAGAAAUCAUUAUAUUUUCUAAAUGAACAAUAUAUGCCUAUGCAACUUCAAUUUCCACACAAUUAGCCAAGCAAAGAUGUUGAGUAUCAAAUCUUUCCUCAGCUUGUAGAGGAGGUAGGAGAUUCUCUUAUAAAACUAAAUAUUGUUUAGGAGAUACCACAGUUUUGUAACCCUCAGCUCUUAUCUCCUGUACAGUUUUUCCUCAUGAUCUUGGUAAAGCUUGCAAGUUUCUAGGGAAUUUGCUCUUAUCUGAUAAUGAGAGAAGAAAAAGAUUUGCCACAGUAAGUGAUAUUUUCCUGGACAGUUUUGUUGCUUUUCCCAAUAAAUAGACAUUCCAUUAAUGAAGAUCUUUAUUUUAUCUCUUGCUUUUUUUAUUUUAUAUUUAUUUGUCAAAAACUUAGUUUUUUAUUCAACAUCUCAGAAGCUGUUUAUACCCAAGAAUGUAUUAUAGAGUUAAUAUAGUUCAUAGCAGCAUAAACUGGAGUGUAGUUCACUAAUACUCACAAAGAGGAAGCUACCACUCUUUCUCCCCCAAUCUUUAUUUUAUGUUGGGUUCAUUAUUUCCAUGAAUGUAUAACCAGUGUAAUAUGAUUUAGUUAUGGACUUUAAUAAUAUUUUUGUAUUAUAUUAUUUGAAUGGAAAUACUGUACAAUAUAUUAAUAAUAUUUAUUUCUUUAUAAAAAAUAUUUUUUGUUAAUCACUUAGGAGUUUGAGGUAAAAAUGUAGAUAUGAUAUGUUUUACAUAGUUUGUAAAUGACAGUUAUAUCCAGUGUGUAUAUGUAUAUAUGUUAACAAUGUGUGUUCAUUACUUAAGAUGAAGUAACUUGAUACCAUGGCAGACUGUUUGUAAAAUUUCUUGUUAUUUUUCACUUACACCUUCAGGAGCUUAAUUCAGUGUGUACAGUAAAAUGCCACAGGUCACUUUGUCACAGUACAUACUGCACAGUUUCCUAGGAGCCUUUUAUCUUUUACCUAAUAAAUAGCUGUGCAUCUUCUGAGCUUGGCAUAUCUGUAUAAAUUUGGGCAUUUUUUUAUCAUUAAACCUCUAUAAAUAUGUAGCAGUUUCACAUUUGGGCUUGCUUGUCAUUCACAUCUCUAUCCCUGAAUCAUUUUGCUUCAAAAACCCUCUUGUUUAAUUUUUUGCAGUAUACCUCCCAUUUGACCAAGAGCUUAAAAAUUGCUGUUCUCAUCACAGGACUGAUUCAUUGCCAUCAUAUUUGUAAAAUCACAAGAAGUUGACUGUUCAGCUUAUAAUUCAUAAGAGAGCUGUUGCAGUAUGCAUGAUUUUUCUAUCGCUUACUUGUUUCUUAAGUUAUAUUUUUAAUUGGAGAAGUGCUAAACCUGUCAGGGUCAUAUAGCACCUGGGAAAUGAGAGGCAGUCAGAAAAGAAGGAAUAUAAAUAUAUAAAUUCAAGGAUUAUGUGGAUUAAAAUAAGGGUUGGAUGCAAAAAGUGGAUUAUAGUAAGUUUAUGCACCUGGAGAAGAGAAUAGUGUAGAGGAGAGAAAGAUAGGCUUUGGGAAAUGUUAAGUGAGUGUUUAAGGAGUUUUGAACCAAGUGAGAGAGUAAUUGUGGUGGGGGACCUAAAUACUGGGAAAAACUGUUGUAGAGGGCAUAGUAGGUAAAUUUGGGGUACCAAGGGUAAAUGAAAAUGAGGGGCCUUUGAUUGAAUUUUGUAUAGAAAGAGGUUUGGUAAUAGAUAAUACAUAUUUUAAGAAAAAGAGGAUAAAUAAAUAUAUGAGAUAUGCUAUAGGGCAUAAUGACAACAGUUUGUUGGACUUUGUAUUGGUGGAUUAAAGGUUGAUGGGUAAACUUCUGGAUGUGCAAGAUGUGGAUGUACAACACACUUUUAUGGGUGUGAAGCAUGGGUUGUGAAUAUUACAUGGAGAAGGAAACUGGAGACAGUGGAGACAUCAUGUCUAAGGACAAUGUGUGGUGUAAAUUUUAUGCAGAGAAUUCAUAGCUUGGAGAUUAGGACAAGAUGUGAGGUUAUUAAGAAUAUUAUCCAGAGGGAUAAGGGGUCAAAAUAGGGUGAUUUGGAGGGUGUAUAAAUCUAGUGGAGGGAAGUGGGAUAAGGGUCGCCCUAGGAAAAGUUGGAGGGAUAUUGCAAUUGUUUUGUGUCUUAUACAAGCAGGGAUGAAUCGUACUCUUUGGAGGCAACGUGUAGUUUUAUUGUCUUCUUAACUUAAACACACAGGCAGUGUGUUUAAGUUGCCCAGGCCCUGAGUGCCAUGCCCGGGAGAGAGUGAUGUUGGCUGUUGGAAUGAGACAGGGCAAGUGUUGUGUGGGCUGAGAUUGGUAGGUCUAUGCAGCUAGGUGUCAGCACCAUAGUGCUGUGAAAUAUAAACCCAACAGGGCUUACAUCACUCGGCCACCUACCCAUGGUCAUCCUUGACCAUGAUUGACUGAAGAAAAACUCAGUCUCUCUCAGGAACAGGGCACAGAACACAGAAUAAAAAACAUAUAUAUAUACAUGUGGACAUGGACAAAACAAAGCUUCCAACAGGAAGGGAAGAAAAAAAACAGAAGGGUGUGUUAAACAUCGUGGUCCAAGGCAAUGAGCCUCGGGGGGCGUCACUGCACGCCUUCCUGCGUCUGGACAGAUAUUGCAACAAGAGACAUCAAUGUGGCUGAGCUGUGACAUAAUGGGGUACAGUCUCUUCUGGAAUGGUGAAGCACUCAUCAUGGAGUAGUCAUUGCAGGGUUCAUUCAACCUGGGGCACAAUCUGCUGGUGCCCUCAAGUGAGGCGUCACUGCUACUCGGCAACUGGGUAGGACUUCUGGCAAGUGACACAGGACAUUUCUUGACUCGUACUGUCACUGCUGGCAAGAGUGGAGUGAGUCGUAAGAGGGACAACUCAGGCGAAACAUCUGAGAGUCGUAGAAGCAUACACCGUAACUGGAGUGAGCGGGCUAGUAAUCAAAGUGACAUCAUACUUUGUGCAGGCUGCUCACUGAAGCUGUGACACGAGUCAGUCGCCUGCCAACAGGGCUACUGCGGCUUGACAAUGUCAUCCUCUCGACAGCUGGAGUCAGAGCAGGAGUUAGUCUAAGCGUCCUCAAACUGGUUUUCUACACUCUGAUGGUCAGGAGGUGGAGUGAAACAAGUCUCAACGGGGAAUCGUAGCAAGCAUAAGAACUUUCUGUACAUGAGGGCUCAGAUACUAGUAAUCUGAUGCCUGGACUGACUAGUGUCAGUUGUCAAACGGUCACAAUGCUGUGACAUGUAACACAAGGGUGUUAUCAAUGGUCUGGGCUCAGACCACACUGGUCUACACACACAUCUGGGCUCAAACUGCACAUCGGGACAUACAGAAAACUGCACACACCUGCACUACACAUGUGGUUACUGCAUGGCUUGCGCUAGCAAAAGAUGCUUUUCUGUGCAAAAAUCAACACGAAGGAUUCACGAACAUAUGAGAACAUUAGUAAGGAACACUGACUGAGAGGAAUUAACACGUGACAUAUAUCUCUCAAUUGUUUUCGACAAUACUGCAACAAAUUGCUCACUGUGAAACUAUAACACUGUCGAUGUGACAUCAUGUGAUGUCAUGCAUGAUGUCAUGAGGGAUGCCAUGGAGUGAAAUCGCGAGUUGACAGGGCAGACAUCCAGGGUGAUGUUGGCAGCAUGGUGAUGCCAGGCAGACGUCAUGGGUGACGUCAGGCAACGUCGUGGGUGACGUCGAUCAGCGUCGUGGGUGACGUCGGGCAGACGUCCAGGGUGACAUUAGGCAGCAUAGUGACGUCAGGCAAUGUUCUGGAGUGAUGUCAGGCAGAAGUCCUGGGUGACAUCAGGCAGACGUCCUGGGUGACGUUGGGCAGAUAUCCUGGAUGACAUCACGAGGUGAUGCCAGUCAGCAGACAACAGCAUGUGGCUUUGGACAUCUUGUUUGGUAACCCAUAUGGCUCGCUCCACAUGACUUGUAGAUCCACGUGGCCUUAUCCACAUGUGGCUUCGUGAUGCAUGUGGCUUUGAGUAACUUCAGGCACUCAUAUACAGCUCUGGCAAAGAAUUCACACGAAAUUCAUAAACAGCAAAGUGAAAACAUUACAUAAGAACAUAAGAAAGGAGGAACACUGCAGCAGGCCUGUUGGCCCAUACUAGGCAGGUCCUUACAAUUCAUCCCACUAACAAACAUUUGACCAACCCAAUUUUCAAUGCUACCCAAGAAAUAAGCUCUGAUGUGCAAGUCCCACUCAAAUUCAACCCCUCCCACUCAUGUACUUAUCCAACCUAAAUUUGAAACUACCCAAAGUCCUAGCCUCAAUAACCCAACUAGGUAGACUGUUCCACUCAUCAACUACCCUAUUUCCAAACCAAUACUUUCCUAUGUCCUUUCUAAAUCUAAACUUAUCUAAUUUAAAUCCAUUACUGCGGGUUCUCUCUUGGAGAGAUAUUCUCAAGACCUUGUUAAUAUCCCCUUUAUUAAUACCUAUCCUUCACUUAUACACUUCGAUCAGGUCUCCCCUCAUUCUUCGUCUAACAAGUGAAUGUAACUUAAGAGUCUUCAAUCUUUCUUCAUAAGGAGGAUUUCUAAUGCUAUGUAUUAAUUUAGUCAUCCUACGCUGAAUGUUUUCUAACGAAUUUAUGUCCAUUCUGUAAUAUGGAGACCAGAAUUGAGCUGCAUAAUCUAGGUGAGGCCUUACUAAUGAUGUAUAAAGCUGCAGUAUGACCUCUGGACUUCUGUUGCUUACACUUCUUGAUAUAAAUCCCAGUAAUCUAUUUGCCUUAUUACGUACGCUUAGGCAUUGCUGUCUUGGUUUAAGGUUGCUGCUUACCAUAACCCCCAAGUCCUUUUCGCAGUCUGUAUGGCUAAGUUCUACAUUAUUUAACUUAUAAGUGCUAGGGUUAUGGACACUCCCGAGCUUCCAUUUAUCUACAUUGAACUGCAUCUGCCACUUUUCUGACCAAGAGUAGAGUUUGUCUAAAUCCUCCUGAAGUUCCCUAACAUCUACGUUUGAAUCAAUUAUCCUACCUACCUUCGUGUCAUCGGCAAAUUUGCUCAUAUCACUAGUAAUUCCUUCAUCAAGAUCAUUGAUAUAUAUUAUAAACAACAACAGGCCCAAGACUGAUCCCUGUGGAACGCCACUUGUUACUGAUCCCCACUCGGAUUUAACCCCAUUUAUUGACACUCUUUGCUUCCUGUCUGUGAACCAUGAUUCGAUCCACGAGAGCACCCUUCCCCCAAUGCCAUGAGCUGCUACUUUCUUCAACAGUCUUUGGUGCGGAACUCUAUCAAAUGCCUUACUAAAAUCUAAGUAAAUAAUAUCAAAUUCUUUAUCGUGGUCAACAGCCUCAAAAGCUUUACUGAAGAAAGUUAAUAAAUUAGUUAGACAAGACCGGCCUCUUGUGAAUCCAUGCUGAGUAUCAUUAAUCAAGCUAUGCUUAUCGAGAUGGCUUCUUAUAAUCUGAGCUAUAAUUGACUCUAGUAAUUUGCCUACAAUUGAGGUCAGGCUUAUUGGGCGGUAAUUUGAUGGUGACGACUUGUCCCCUGUUUUAAAAAUAGGAAUUACAUUAGCCAUCUUCCACAUAUCAGACACUACACCUGUUUGAAGAGAUAAAUUAAAAAUAUUAGUUAAUGGUUCACAGACUUCCAUUUUGCAUUCCUUAAGAACCCUUGAAAAAAUCUCAUCAGGACCCGGUGACUUAUUUUGCUUCAGUCGGUCUAUCUGCUUCACAACCAUUUCACUAGUGACUGUGAUGUUACAUAAUUUAUCUUCUUCUGGCCCACUAUAAAAAUUAAUUACCGGAAUAUUGUUAGUGUCUUCCUGUGUAAAAACCGAGAGAAAAUAAUUAUUUAAAAUCGAGCACGUUUCAUUCUCUUUGUCAGUAAGAUGCCCAUAGUUAUUUUUAAGAGGACCUAUCUUAUCUCUGACUUUUGUUCUAUAUACCUGGAAAAAGCUUUUUGGGUUUUAGAAUCCCUAGCAACUUUAAUUUCAUAGUCCCUUUUAGCUUUUCUUAUCCCCUUUUUAAUGUCCCUCUUAAUGUCAAUAUACUGAUUCAUAAGAUGACCCUCGCCUCUUUUGAUACGCCUAUAAAUUCCUUUCUUAUGCCCUAUUAGAUAUUUCAGCCUAUUAUUCAUCCAUUUUGGGUCAUUUCUAUUUGAUCUAAUUUCUUUAUAAGGGAUAAACGUUCUUUGAGCAGCAUGUAUAGUGUUCAGAAAACUGUCAUAUUGAUAGCUCUCUUCGUUACCCCAGUCAACAGAUAAGUGUUCUCUAAGCCCAUCGUAAUCUGCUAAGCGAAAAUCUGGGACUGUUACUGAGUUAUCCCUACUAUCAUACUUCCAUUCAAUGCUAAAUGUAAUUGAUUUGUGGUCGCUAGCACCCAGUUCCUCUGAAACUUCUAAAUUGUUAACAAGGGAUUCAUUGUUUGCCAGAACUAAGUCAAGCAGGUUAUUACCCCUUGUAGGUUCAGUCACAAACUGCUUCAAAAAACAAUCCUGAACUACUUCUAAGAAGUCGUAUGAUUCUAAAUUCCCAGUCAAGAAAUUCCAAUCAAUAUGACUAAAGUUAAAGUCUCCUAGAAUUACUACAUUAUCGUGCCUUGUGACCCUAACAAUUUCCUCCCAUAGUAGUCUCCCCUGGUCCCUAUCUAAAUUUGGGGGACAGUAUAUCACACCUAAAAUUAAUUUUUCAUGCUCCUCUGAAAAUUCUAUCCAAACAGACUCUGUAUGUGUUACUUCAGACUUAAUACCCAUUUUUAUGCAACAGUUCAAGCGAUCUCGGACAUACAAUGCCACCCCACCCCCCUUCCCGACACUUCUAUCUACUUGGAACAAUUUAAAACCCUGAAUGUGACAUUCUGCAGGCAUGUCCCGACUUUUUGAAUUAAACCACGUCUCAGUAAUGGCAAAUACAUCAAUGUUACCUGCACUAGCAUCUAGUCUCAACUCGUCCAUCUUAUUCCUAGCACUGCGACUAUUUAUGUAAUAAAUAUUUAAAGACCCUCCGUUCUCUUUACCCUUCCUGCUCCUUUCUGUUAUUCCACUAAACCUAUUACUGUCCUUGUCAGUUAGUGCCACUGGCUUUCCAAUAUCCACCUCAUUUUGCCUAUUACUAGUUCUCCUAGUACUCAUAUUACUACCCUGCGACUUCACAGUUUUCCCGCCAAAACCCAUACCACUAACUAUUCCUAGUUUAAAGACCUAACAGCUCCCUCCACUGCGUUGGCCAGUGCUCCCACCCCACACCUAGAUAAGUGAACCCCAUCCCUGGCAUACAUGUCAUUUCUGCCAUAGAAGAGGUCCCAGUUGUCAAUGAAUGUUACUGCAUUUUCCUUACAGUAUUUGUCCAGCCAGCAAUUGACACCAAUUGCUCUGGAAAACCAUUCAUUUCCAACUCCUCUCCUUGGCAAAAUGCCACAUAUGACAGGUUUCCCACCCUUCCUCCUAAUUAUCUCUAUUGCUGACCUAUACGUGCUAAUCAGGUCCUCACCCCUACAUCUGCCAACAUCGUUGCCUCCAGCAUUGAGACAGAUAAUAGGAUUGCUCCCAUUACCUCUCAUGAUGUCAUCCAGACGGCUAACAAUAUCCUUCAUCCCAGUCCCAGGAAAACACACUCUCUGCCUCCUACUCCUAUCCUUCAAGCAGAAUGCCCUAUCCAUGUACCUAACUUGGCUAUCCCCAACAACAACAAUGUUUUUACCUUCCUUGGCGUUGUCCUUCGUGAUGCUCCCAGUAUUCGACUCACAUUCGUCAGGUAGCAUUACACCACUUGUGGAAUUCGUCAAGACGUUCUCGAUGGUCUUCGUUGGGGUUUCUAGGGAUGUCUCACUCACGUCUGCCAAUGCUUCCUUGGUGCUCAUUGUGGCAUUCCCAGUAGAACACUCACAUUCGUCAGAGAAUGGGUUGGAAGUUUCCACGGUAGUCUUCUGGUUUCUCGUUGUUUCUGCCUCUCCAACAGUUUUCUUGAUCCUCAGCUUGGUUCCAUGUUGCCCGGCCACUGACCAAGCUCCCCUCUUAACCUGGGGACUCACAACAGGAGGAUUACUACGAAUCCUCUUGUUCUCCUCCGUUAAUCGCCGUAUCUCCAGCUUAGCAACUCCGAGCUGCAGAUUCUGAGUGCACGCAGGAAGAAGCCUUGUGGAACGCCACUAGUGACUAAUCCCCAUUCAGAGGGCAUCCUGGUUGGGAUUCACAGAGAGCACACAAAUAAGUCUUCACAGAGCUAAGUACACGACAGAGCUAAGUACACCAACAGAGCUAAGUACACCAGUGGUAGUAGCAGUGUGGUAGCAGGUGGUAGCAGUGUGGGUGGCGUGAGGUGAGGUGUGUAUGGUGGAGCCAGGAUCGCCACGCCUACCCUCCUCAUACAUACACGUGUGGAAGGCAGUGCAGAUUCUACCAACUGGACGCAGAAUACACCACAAACUCACCUCUGACUUGCUGAAAUAGCCGUUCCAAGCUGAAAACAACAGCAUAAACGUACAGGUGAUGGUGAGGAUGUGACUGAAGAGCAGCAUGGGAUGCUGUGAAGGUCCAGGUGAUGCCACGAAGAUUUCUCGAGGAAAAUUCGGCAAAUUUCGACCUGAGUCCUGCUGAUCCUGUGUCUGAAUAUUGAAACUUGCAGACACAACUUUAGAGGGAUGGAUGCUUCUUGUAUGGGGCGAUGAAAUGGACACAUCUUCGUUCCUUCCUCUAGGCAGCACAACUGCUGGGACCACCGCUAAGCCACCAGUAAAGCAAUUGUUUUGUACCCUGUUCAAGCGGGGAUGAUACUCUUCAGAGGUAACGUGUAGUGUGUUUAAGUUCCCCAGGCCCUGAGGGCCAUGCCCUGGAGAGAGUGACAGAGUAGACUUUGCCUGAGUGACUUAGGUUGCCAAAAUGAGCCAGGGUAAGCUUGGUGCAGGCUAAGAUUGGUAGGCCUAUGCCAGUAAGUGCCACCACCAUAGUGCUGCGAAAUAUGAACCCAACUGGGCAUACAGGGAGAGGCAAAGAAGGUUUUAUGUGCGAGGGGCUUGGAUAUCCAGCAGGCAUGUGUGAGCAUGUUAGAUAGUGAAUGGAGGCAUAUGGUUUAGGGAAGUUGACACACACACACACGUACGUACGUACGUAGGGGCAGGAGCUAUAACAAAUGGAUGAGUAAACAAGCUUUUGUUAAGUUAUUUGUGUGUGAGUGAUGAAGGUGCUGUACUUAUUCACUUGUUCAAGUGUAGAACUUUUAACCCACAACUGCACAGUAGCAGCUGUAUAAUGAGAGCAUGUGGUACAUAGUGGCAAGUUUACUCAUAUCAGACUUUUAAAGAAGUGAUGGGAAGUUGAGACAUUAAAUUACAGAAUUGUCAUUCUGACAGAUAAUAAACUAAGAAAAAAUAUUAUAAAGCAGGAUUGGGUUAUAAAGAAUGAAACCUGCACUAAAAUUUGUUGAUGAGCUGUAAGUUGUCAGUACUGGUUGGUGGACUACAUGGACCACGUGGAAGUCCACCAACCAGUGUCAGUACUGGUUAGUGGACUACAUGGACCACGUGGAAGUCCACCAACCAGUGUCAGUACUGGUUAGUGGACUACAUGGACUAGCACUUAUUGAAGCUUGAAUGCUAGUCAGGUAUAUGUAAUUUAAAGGGAACAUGAGAGAGAAUUUUAUUGAUCAAAUGGCAGAAUGAUACCUAAUUGUGUAACUGAACAGAUGGUUAUUAUAUUUACAAAUAAACACUUAUUCUGUUUGGGCCAUAUGGAUAAAAAUGAAUUACCUUACCAUAAACCUUAGCCAUAUGAGAUUUGAAUAAUAAAAAAUUAAUCUUUGUACCCUUUUAGACUAAUUGUGAAUGAGAUGUGUAUUAUACAAUGCUACACAAAAGAAAAAAAUAUUUCUCUAGUAUAAAGCUUAUCAACUUUCCCAGAGUUUAGCACUUCCUGACAAUAUUGUGAUUAAAAUUCUAAGUCUGCAGUCAUUUAAUGCAAAAAGUAAUUCUGGUGCACAGCUGUGUUGCUAACACAUGUGACAAUUCUGUUUGUAGCCUUACAUUAUUGUUAUCAUUUGCUGUCUUACCUGGUCCUUAUAUUAUGAUGAACGAAUUGUUCCAUUUGCAUACGGGAAUGUGCUUUUUGUUCUCGAAACUGUCUUAAUCUUUCCCAAGUUUGUGAUGUUGCUUUCCUCAAGUUCUAAUAAUACUCCUUUGUGGUUUUUAUUAUAUGAUUCUAUAUAGUUUGGUUAUUUCUGAACAAUAUACAGUUAUUAUAUUAAUUAUGCUGUAUUUGCUAUUUUCAGGGCUUCUCAUUUUACAAUUCUUAUUGCUAAGACUGAACUUAAUAAUGGCAUUGGUACUCAAAAGAAUUAUAUUUUUUGCAUCAUAUUGCACUCACACUACAACUUUAUGCUUGGUCAUUAUUUGGUAUGAAAUAAUUAUAGUGCUUUUAUGUCUGGUGCAGAAAGCAUUUGCUGUGAGGUAUUUCACUUGUGUUUAAACUAAUAUAACCCAUAUGCCUUCUCCUUUUUUUUUCUCUUAGGUAAUUUUUGCAAACUUCAUUUACUUAAAAUAUCAUGAACACUUUUUGGAAUGAAAUUCAUGUGAUCUAUAUAUAGACCAUACAGGUAUUUGCUGUGUAUGUGUUGAAUGUUCAUAUGUUAAAUGUAAAUAUAGUAGUAUAAUAAAUAAAGAAUGUACUUUUACAA